AUGAAUUUUUUUGUGGUCUGGAUUUGCUGGCUGCUGAGCUGCGCUCCCCUAACUGGGGUGUCGGGGCAACAACCUACGACGAAUAUAUUGUCCUUUUUCUUCAAUCGGGUGCGCGAAGGCCGAGCCAUGUCCGACAUGGAGAAUAGUGAUAAUCAAGUGAAUCUACUCAAGAACUAUGAUUUCAUAAUAGUGGGCGCUGGUACUGCAGGCUGUGCCUUGGCCGCGCGUCUGUCGGAGAUAUCACAAUGGAAGGUUUUGCUGCUGGAAGCGGGGGGCCCCGAAACAUGGGCCAUGGAUAUACCCAUUGUGGCCAAUAUGCUGCAGGCCAAUCGCGAUAUUAAUUGGGCCUAUCGCACCGAACCCUCGGAGCACUACUGCUUGGGUUUGAAUGGGAAACGUUGUAACUUUCCCCGUGGCCGAGUCAUGGGCGGUUCGUCGGUGCUGAACUACAUGAUCUAUACGCGUGGCAAUCGUCGUGACUAUGACACCUGGGCCCAGCUGGGCAAUGAGGGGUGGAGCUAUGCGGAGGUUUUGCCCUAUUUCAAGAAACUCGAAGGCUCUCUAGUGCCCAAUGCCGAGGCAAACUAUGUGGGACGCCAAGGCCCUGUCAAGGUGUCCUAUGCCAAAUGGCGCUCUAGCAUAGGCAAAGCCUUUGUAAAUGCCGCCUUGCAAAAUGGCAGUCAGUAUGUGGACUACAAUGGCAAGCAACAAAUUGGGGUGUCAUUUCUGCAGACCACCACCGAUCAGGUGUACAGAUGGAGUGCCAAUCGUGCCUAUCUCUAUCCCAUAAAAGGCAAACGUCCCAAUCUUCACAUACGCAAGUAUGCCAUGGUAACCAAAGUCCUAAUUGACCCCUUCACCAAGGUGGCCUAUGGUGUUGUGUUCGAGUCGCAGGGUCAAUCCUUUGAGGUGAGAGCCCGCAAAGAGGUGAUUUUAUCUGCAGGCGCCAUAAACACUCCCCAACUUUUAAUGCUCUCAGGCGUGGGGCCCGCCAAACACUUGCGAGCAGUUGGCAUCGAGCCUUUGGUGAAUUUGGCUGUGGGUUACAAUUUACAGGACCAUGUUGCCCCAGCACUGAAUAUCAUAACAAAUGCCACUACCAUGCGUUUGGGAGACUUUUUCGAUGUGGACCAACUGCUGAGACUGGAAACACGCGAUAGCAAAUUUUCUUUGGCCGGCUCUGUUGAGACCAUAGCCUUCUAUGACAUGGAGCCUUCUGGAGCGGCUGAUGGUUGGCCUGACUUUGAACUCUUCAUGACCCCAGGAGCUUUGAAUGAAAAUCCUUUCCUAGCCUCAGCCAUGGGCAUUAAGGGUGAUGUAAUGCAUGCCCUCUAUGAUGAUGUGUACCGCAACAACUUCAAUACCUUCCUGAUAUUUGCCAUGCAGUUGCAAACUCGCAGCAAGGGUCGUAUUAUACUGCGUAACAAGGAUCCCUUACAGCAUCCUUUAAUAUAUCCCAAUUACUUUAAGGAUCCCUAUGACCUUGAGGUAUUGCUGCAGGGUCUAGAGAAAAUAAUCAGCCUUUUGGAUAUGCCAGCUAUGAGACGCAUUGAUGCCAAAUUGCUGAACAGCACAUUGCCACAGUGUCGCCAAUAUGCGGACAUCACCUCACGAGCCUAUUUGGAGUGUUAUGCUCGUCAGCUGACCUUUACCAUAUAUCAUCAAGCGGGCACUGCUAAGAUGGGACCCAUAUCCGACAGGGAAGCUGUAGUGGAUCCUCGUCUCCGGGUGUAUGGCAUAAAACAGCUAAGAGUGGUGGAUGCCAGCAUAAUGCCCAAACUGGUGGCGGGCCAUCCCAAUGGUCCUGUUUUUAUGAUAGCCGAGAAAGCAGCCGAUAUGAUAAAAGAGGAUUAUGGUUUUUUGAGACAUUGAUAAGGGAUUGAUGACAAAACGAACAAAAAUUUCGAAAAUAAAAAAAGCGAAUAUGAAUUUGGUAAAAAUUUGCAAAAGCACAAAGGGAAAAAAUACAAAAGCAAUAAAAUGGAAUGGAAUUGUACAAAAAAAAAAACUUAAAAUGUGAAACACAAACUACGAAAACUGGUUAAAAAAACACA